AUGGCUCCUCCUCCACCUCCUCCCAAUGCCUCUCUCGGCGAACGGAUAACUCGACUCGCCACUACCCUGCAAUUUGCCUGGUUUCUCGGCCACUUUACCCUCCUGCUCUCGGUGUUUCGUUAUGGCCUCUCCUACUUCACUUUCAACUACAAUUCCAAGUGGGCAGCUUUUACCUACAGACUCGCCUUUGUCUCGGCCGUUGCAACAUACGGAAUCGUGGUCUUCAAGGCUUAUCGUGCCCGUGUGAAGCCAGGUGACCCAGUUGGUCGCACAGCCAUUCUCUUGCUCUCCGACGAGAAUGUGCAAUACUUGCUCAUCAGCUUGGUCUGGCUUUACUCUAGACAAAUUCCUCUGGCUCUUUUGCCGUUCUCUGUUUACUCGAUCUUCCAUGUCGCAACCUAUACCCGUACCAACAUUAUCCCCACCAUUUCUCCUCCCAAGGUGGCCCCAGGGAGUACCCCGACCUCUCCCGGAGCGUCCAAGUCUCAAUCUCCUCUUGCGACCGCCAUUGGAAGAUUUGUCAAGGAAUACUAUGACAGCUCGAUGAUGUUGGUGGCUGCCUUGGAAAUUCUCUUGUGGUUCCGCUUGGUCCUUUCAGCCGUGACCUUUAGCAAGGGAUCAUGGAUUCUGUUGGGCAUCUACACCGUUUUUCUGAGAGCAAGAUUCCACCAGAGUUCCUUCAUCCAAGGUGCCUUCUCGCAAGGGGCGGCCCAUAUUGAUCAACAAGUCCAAAACCCCAAUGUUCCCCCUGCUGCCAGACAGGCCUGGGAAACCAUCAAGGGGCUUGGUCGACAGGCGGUAGAUGCCACGGACGUCCGAAAGUACAUUGGUGGUGCUGCUGCUCAAAAGAAGCCUCAGUGA